AUGGUUGAGGAGUACAAUGUGUUUCUUCGCAAUGGCACAUGGGAGCUGGGCUUUCAUCAAAGGGAAGGUUUUGACUUCACUAAGACAUUCAGCCCAGUUGUCAAGCCCUCCACUAUUCGGCUUCUUCUCACUCUUGUAGUAUCUCUCUCCUGGCCCUUGCGUCAAAUUGAUAUACAAAAUGCUUUCUUGCAUGGCGACCUCUGUGAAGAAGUAUGCAUGUCCCAGCCACCUGAAUUUGUUGAUGACUCUCGACUUUCUCAUGUCUGUCGCCUAAGAAAGUCCCUCUACGGGCUAAAACAGGCCCCUCAUGCCUGGUACUCCAAGCUUAGCUCCUUCCUUCUGGAUUAUGGGUUUACAGCCAACAAAGUGGACUCCUCUCUCUUCAUCUUGCGAAGUGACACUCACUGCCUGUACAUUCUUGUAUAUGUUGACGAUAUCAUCCUCACUGGAUCCACACAUUCUGCUAUUACUGAUCUCAUAUCAGCUAUGGAAUCUCACUUUGCAGUCAAAGAUCUUGGCUCUCUCUCCUUCUUUUUAGGUAUCGAAGUCAUUCAAACACCUAAUGGUUUGUUUCUCAAUCAACGUUGCUAUGCCCAAGAUCUCCUUGAGCGCACUGUUGGUGACCCAUUCUUAGAUGUUCCACUUUAUUGUAGUACUGCUGGUGCACUACAAUACCUCCUUCUCACUCGACCAGACUUUGCCUUUGUUUUAAAUAAAGCUUGCCAAUACUUGCAAUCCCCUACUUUCGCUCACUGGUCCUUUGUUAAGCACAUCUUGCGUUAUCUUAAGUCCACCGUUGAGUUUGGCCUUUGUAUUACACCCUCUUCCAUCACCUCCAUGCACAUCUUCUCUGACUCUGAUUGGGCAGGAUGUCCUGAUUAUCGUUGCUCGCAAGGUAGUUAUUGCAUCUUUCUUGGCAACAAUCUCCACUCUUGGUCAUCUCGCAAAUACGCUACUGUCUCACGCUCCAGCACUGAAGCAAAGUAUCGCAGUCUUGCUCUCGCAACUUCCGAAGCUCUCUGGAUUAACUCUCUCUUCCGUGAGCUUGGCUUCUCUCUUUCAUGCUCUCCCACACUGCGGUACGAUAACAUUGGAGCCACUUACCUCAGUGCCAAUCCCGUUUUUCAUGCUAGGACUAAGCAUAUCGAAAUCGACUUCCACUUUGUUUGA